AUGGCCCAACAAAAGAUCCCCGGCCACAACAAUGCCGUAUACGAUAUCGUGCCAAAGGAAGACCAGAUAUUCUCUGUCGAGUUCCUCGAGAUUGCCCCGACGCCCAUUAUCGCCGACCAUAUCUUCUUCGUCUACCUGCGCGGUUAUCUGCCUGAAUCUAAAAAGAAGGAGCUGGAACUUCCUGACGAGGGCCUCGUCAAUGCCACCUUUACUGUAAGCCUUUCUGCUAUCUACGCAGAUGGUAAUUACGACGAGGAAAUAUCUUAUACAGAACCGUUAAAAACUACACCCUUCGGUCCACUAGGCCACCUUACUAUUCGCGAUACCCAUGGAAUUCAGGUCGACUAUUUACCUAGUAGCGGCUCCAGUGAAAUUUUACUAGAUUUCCAGAUUCUUGCAAUGUUUUUGAGGAGCGGUAUGUGGACUUUCAAGGUCGAUUUGAGACUUGGAGAUGUAGACAAUACAUGUCUAUUUGCUGGGUCAUUAACACAAUGGUUAGAGGGGAGGCUUCAUUAG